AGUUUGGGUUUAGUUCCUUUGUGAAUUGACGGAAACCGUGGUCUUCCACUGUGGAAUAGGGCUGAAAGUCCCGGGCAAUCAUUUAAGCAAGCACCCAAGACCUUUUACCUUAGUGGGUCAAUUGGCCUUGAUACAAAAUGGGUGAGUCUGGCUUGCGUUGUAGCUCGAGGCCUUCCAGUUGUCCCUGCCGUUGUAAAAAUGAUCUCGCUCCAAAUCCUUAUGAGAUAAAACCUUUAUUUGUUUCUAAAAUGUGUGAUGUUAUUGCACAUUUUCAUUUCCUCCUCCAUAUCAUUCCAUAUUCUAACCCCACAAACUGAAAUGCUCAUCUUUUUGAAUGUAGUAUGGAUAGUGGGGUUUUGGAAUUUGACUUUUCCUCUUAAAUCUUAUGUGCUGCCACUUUUUUCAACAAAUCUUUGAAUGUUUUUGGUCAGAGGUCAUUCCAAGCUUUAAAGAAACUUUGAUCCGUUUUAAAAUGUACUAGACCAGGACCAACAACCACAAACAAACUCAAAGCAGCACCACUCUGGGGGGAAAUAAACCAUGUGAAUCUCUGAUGGAAUAACUGAACUAAAAACGCCACCACACCUGGGUGAAAAAAACAAGACAGAUCAAUCAGCCUCUUUUCCACUGAAAACAGGACCCAGUACGUCACCCACAAGAAAAGUAGCAACCAACUGUUGAACAAAGCAGCCUCACGCUUCCACCACUGUGGUCCACCAUCUCUCUCUCUCCGGGCCCCACCUCUCCUCCACUCUUUAACCAGGAUCAGCUGAUUACCUGAGUGGAACCAGCUGCAGGUCAGAGGAGGGGCCAUCACCUGGAGGAAGGAGAGUGGAGAGAGACACACAAACACAACAACUACUACAAUAGUUAUUUCUUGUAUUUGUUUUUCAAGCUUAAACCAGUAGGUUCAUAAAUACAUUAACAUUUCUCUUUGUUCUGCUUACUUGUUUGUACUUUUAUUUUGAAGGCAUUGGGUAACUCUUCUCAUUCUUCUUCAGUGUUCCACUGUUCACUGCAAACAUUACAGUCAGUUGUAUUUAGUCCCAGAUGUUCUCCAGCUGUUUAAAGCUGUUCUUCUCUUUAUUUCUAAUCCUUAUUACAUUUGACUCUUUUAUUUCUAUUUCAUUAUAUUCACUGGAAAUAUUCACAUGUUCACUGAGCUCAACUAAAAAGAUCCAGAGUCCAUUAACCAGUGAAGACAGUCCAGAUGUUUGUCUCAUCCAGAUGUCCUCAUGAUGGAUCAGAUCCACUGACAGACUGUGGACAGUCUGGAAGCCUCAAUGUAACUCAGUCUUGUCUCCAUUCAUCUAAACAAAGGUCUGAGAGAGAUGAUGACAAUGAUUGUUUCCUGUCAAACACAGUCAGAGAAGAUGAGCUCAACCACUGAUGUGGAGACAAAAUGUCCAACAGGGCGUGUCCAACUGUCCACUCAUCAACACAUCACCUUCAUAGAAAUAUCUUCUUCCAUUAUAACACAUUGUAUUUAUUUGUCUCAUUACAGACUUGUUUACUGUGGACUCUCAGAGAGUCACUGUGAAGUCGUGGCCUCAGCUCUGAAGUCCAACCCCUCCCAUCUGAAACAUCUGGACCUGACAGGAAACAAACUGGAGGGUUCAGGAGUGAAGCAUCUGUCUGCUGGACUGAAGAGUCCAAACUGUAAACUGGAGACUCUGAGGUUGUUGAGCUGCAGUUUGUCAGAGAUCAGCUGUGAUUCUCUGGGACCAGCUCUGAAGUCCAACCCCUCCCAUCUGAAACAUCUGAACCUGAGUCACAACAACCUGGAAGAUUCAGGAGUGAAGCAGCUGUGUGGUUUUCUGGAGAGUCCAGACUGUAGACUGGAGACUCUGGAACUUGCUGACUGUGAACUCUCAGAGAGACACUGUGAAGUCGUGGCCUCAGCUCUGAAGUCCAACCCCUCCCAUCUGAAACAUCUGAACCUGAGUAGAAACAACCUGGAGGGUUCAGGAGUGAAGCAUCUGUUUGCUGGACUGGAGAGUCCAAACUGUAAACUGGAGACUCUGAGGUUGUUGAGCUGCAGUUUGUCAGAGAUCAGCUGUGAUUCUCUGGUCUCAGCUCUGAAGUCCAACCCCUCCCAUCUGAAAGAUCUGAACCUGAAUGAAAACAACCUGAAGGAUUCAGGAGUGAAGCAGCUGUGUGGUUUUCUGGAGAGUCCAGACUGUAGACUGGAGACUCUGAGGUCAGUUCACUGUCUGUUACUGUUGUAGAUCUGAUAUGUUUAAUCGCCAACUGAAUCUAAGUCAGAGACAACAAUUGUCAGUUUUUGAAUUUAUCUUUGAGUUGUUUAUCUUGACAUUGUUGAGCUCAUGUAAAGUUGAUGAAAGGGUUAUAAUCUGAGUUAUUUGUUGAUGUUGUUUUCUCUGAUUAAAG